GGGGACCGCGGCAGAAGCUCUAGGAGGAGUUUGGAGAACUCAGUUGCUGCUGCGGCUGCGGCUGGUGCCACCGGGAAGCCAGGCAGAGAUCUCGCUCGGGGCCAGCCGCGAAUGCAAAGUUUGAGCAUCCGAGGAGCUGGUGCAACCUCCCCCCCUUUAGCUCUGGAUUUUCCGCUCGGCAUCCUGGCCCGGCACGGGAGGGGAGGAUGGGCGUGAAACUGACCAGGGGGCUCUGGCUGCCUCCUCCAGCCAAGCACUUCCUCGGAUGAAGGCGAGCCGGGGGGGGUACCCCCGUGCGCUUGGGUUCUUUGCGCGCCUCCCGGUGGGGCGGGCUGGAAGGGGCUCGGAGCCGACCCCCUGGCUGGGACCAGGCAGCAACUCUUCCCAGGAGCCAGGGCGGAGGGGGAGCCUCCCUUUCCCAGCGGAGCCGCCCCUCCAUGGAGCCCGGACCCUUCUAAAAUGACUUUCCCUGCUCUGCCCAAUGCCAGCGCGCACGGGAACCAGACGGGACAGGGCAGCGCCAACGGGUCGUGGCGGGUGGGAGGACGCGGAGCCCAAUGGCACCUCCUUGCCGGCGGGCCUGGAUGUGCAGGCGGUGGGCGUGGGGGUCUUCCUGGCCCUCUUCAUCCUCUCGGCCAUCGUGGGCAACAUCCUGGUCAUCCUCUCGGUGGCCUGCAACCGGCACCUGCAGACGGUCACCAACUACUUCAUCGUCAACCUGGCCAUCGCGGACCUGCUGCUGAGCACCACGGUGCUGCCCUUCUCGGCCACCCUGGAGGUGCUGGACUCCUGGGCUUUCGGGCGCGUCUUCUGCGACAUCUGGGCGGCGGUGGACGUGCUGUGCUGCUCCGCCUCCAUCAUGAGCCUGUGCAUCAUCUCGGUGGACAGGUACAUCGGGGUCAAGUACUCCCUCAAGUACCCCGCCAUCAUGACGGAGCGCAAGGCGGUGGUGAUCCUGGGGGUGGUCUGGCUGGCCUCGGCGGUCAUCUCCGUGGGGCCGCUGCUGGGCUGGAAGGAGGCCCCUCCGCCGGACGAGAGCAUCUGCAGCAUCACGGAGGAGCCGGGCUAUGCCCUCUUCUCCUCCCUCUUCUCCUUCUACCUGCCCCUCACCGUCAUCCUGGUGAUGUACUUCAGGAUCUACGUGGUGGCCCGGCGCACCACCCGCAGCCUGGAGGCCGGGGUCAAGAAGGAGCGCAGCAAGUCCAUGGAAGUGGUGCUCCGCAUUCACUGCCGCAGCGUCCUGGAGGACUCGCUCUCCGGCGCCCGCAGCAAAGGGCACAACCUGCGGAGCUCCCUCUCCGUGCGCCUCCUCAAGUUCUCCCGGGAGAAGAAAGCGGCCAAGACCCUGGCCAUCGUGGUGGGGGUGUUCAUCCUCUGCUGGUUCCCGUUCUUCUUCGUCCUGCCCUUCGGUUCCUUCUUCCCUUCCCUGAAGCCCUCCGAGCUGGUCUUCAAGGUCAUCUUCUGGCUGGGGUACUUCAACAGCUGCGUGAACCCCAUCAUCUACCCCUGCUCGAGCAAAGAGUUCAAGAGAGCGUUCAUCAGGCUGCUCAAGUGCCGGUGCCGCCGGCGCCGCCGGCCACUCUGGAGGGUGUACGACAACCACUGGCGAGCAGCCUCCAUGAGCAGCUCGGGGCGGGAUUCUGAGCUGGACCUGGGGCCCAGAAUCGCCACCCUCAACAGCUCGUUCAUCUUGAACUCCACCGCCCAGGAACGAGCCCCGAAGAGGCGAACGCUGAGCUUCAAAGGGUGGAGGGUGCUCACCGCUUUCCAGAAACCAUCCUCCACCCAGCUGAAAGAAAAGAUGAACACCCUCUCCAACAAAAUAAAGGGCGGCUCCAGCAAAGGCGGGGUGGCCGCCGCCUACAAAAUGGAGGUGGAGUCGGUUUCGAUAGGGAUCCCUAACGACUUCAUGGAGGGCAUUGACCCCCAAAUGUACGACUUACCGGACUGCUGUGGGCUCAGAGAAACGGAUAUUUAAGACCCCGGGACAGCUGUUUGUUUGUAUUAAAAUGUGCAUUACGUGUCGUAAGAGGUGACGAAAACGGGAGGUCUGUGAUCACUGCCCACAGAGCUUACAGGGUGCUCUAGGAACAAGGGUGGAAACACUCAUGCGCCUGUGGAAGGUCAGAGUCUUCUCCUCCGUAUUGUCAGGCGAAGGGAGCAGUGAGACUGCGAGGUCCGGAGAAACAAUCGGUGGGGGGAUGGUGUCUCAUAAUUGCAAAAGCUGCUGUCUAGUUCCCCAGAAUGGCACAGCAGUUAUCAAAAAGGGGAAAAUUCCACACCACGGAGACACCAAAGCUGGGUGGAAUUCUCCUGUCUCAGUGCACGUGACCAUGUCUCUUUCCAGAGGCUGUUCCCAGCAAGGAGU